AUGACGCCGCGACUUACUUCACCUAUUGUGCAGUUUGGAAUCGGCGGGUACUUAUCCGUUUUCAAAACAACGGACGGAUCUAAGUGGAAACCGGAAGACAGCAAGAAACCAGUGAUACCUGGCGUAAAUCGCCAAAUAAAGUUCUUGCUGAAGCUUGUGGCUGCAGUUCGGCAGACUCAAGAAGAGUUUACGACUUCUCUGAUUUGUACACACACGAUACUCUAA